CCAGGCGUGACAUCACAGCCACCCAGAACUUCAACCCAGCGGUGCUAGGGGGUUUGCGGGCAUCUGCAGCAGCAGCAAGCAGCAAGCAACGGGAGUAGGAGGAUGCGUAUUUGCCCGUCCAGUGUCUUCCUCCGUACAAUUGCUCUUCGGCAGCAGCAGCAGAGGCGGCAUCCGUUUUGCGCAGCGGAACAGGCGUACGCGUAGAGGCAGCAGGCGUGUGUCGGGACGUCCUCUGAAUGAACACUUCGCCUGCGGUGGCAAUACGCUGCUACUGCUGCUCUGCGCUUUUUUGAGCGUUUGUGUUGCGAGAGCACAAACACACACACAGUCACACACACACACAGUCACACACACACAGUGACACACACACAGUCACACUCUCUACCCGCUCUGCAUCCACACCGCAUUGCACUGCGUUGCAGCGCGCUCGUGCAGAAACGAGGAGCUCGCAGUAGUGGGCAUCAGCAGCAGCAGCCACACACACUCAGAACCCAACAACAACAACAAGCACGACAACAACAACAACAAGCUCCGCAUCGUUAUCAUCAUCUAUCUAUGCGUCUGCGUGACCAUGCCUUGCCGAGCAGCGGAGCAGCAGCAGCAGCGUCAGGAAGAAGAUGCGGACGAUAACAAGGAACGGAUGAAGUCCAAGAGCCUUCCCGACCUCAAUGGCGUGGCCGGAGGUGUCCAUCGGGUGGCGGCGGCGGCGGCGACGACGGCCGACCCGGAGUCGAACAAGAGUGGUGGUGGGACCGUGGUGGCCGGCCAUCAUCACGGCGGUACGACGGACCUGGCGUGCACGUGGCAGGCAGUGAUCCUGCGGGUCAGGAGGUACAUCAGCACGAGACAGUUCGCCGACUCGCGCUGUUUCCUCCUCUGCAUCUGCAUCCUGACCUUCAUCCAGGCGCUCAUGGUGUCCGGCUACCUGAGCAGCGUCAUCACCACCAUGGAGAAGCGCUACAACCUCAAGAGCUCCGAGUCGGGCCUCCUGGUCAGCUGCUUUGACAUCGGCAGCCUCUUGGUGGUGGUGGCCGUCAGCUACUACGGCGGCCGCGGCCACCGGCCACGCUGGCUGGCCGUCGGCGGAGCUCUCAUUGCCCUCGGAGCGGUCAUUUUCACGUUGCCACACUUCCUCUCGCCGCCGUACCACGAAAACUACGCCGCGCGCUUCCAGGAGCUCGAGGCAGAGCGUCGUGACAGCGACAAAGUUCUGUGCGGCGGCGCCAACGCCAACGCCAACGAAAGUUUGCCGUCUCCGGGCGUUCCCAAGGCGGCCAAACCCUGCGAUAGGAACACCGGGGGAGGCAGUCACGGGAUUUACCUGGCGCUGUUCAUGAGCGCCCAGAUCCUCGUGGGCAUGGGCUCCACUCCCAUCUACAUCCUGGGGCCGACCUACCUGGACGACAACGUGAAAGAGGAGAACGCGUCGCUCUAUCUGGCGAUGCUCUACGUGAUGGGAGCCCUGGGCCCUGCAGUCGGAUACCUGCUGGGGGGCAUCCUCAUCGGCCUGUACGUCGACCCCUGGCUGGAGGCCCCUGGAGACCAGGGCGACCCGCGCUUUGUCGGGAACUGGUGGAGCGGCUUCCUCAUGUGCGCAGUGGCCAUGUCAUUGGUGGUCGCCCCGAUGUUCAGUUUCCCAAAGAAGCUUCCUCCGCGGCCGCACAAGAAAUCCAAGCAGGGCAGUGACGAGCCGGGAGCCGAGGACCCUGGGAAGAGCGAAGACAACGGACUCAAGCAGAAGUGCCCCAACAACGAGGAAUCGAACGCUUCUUCGUCCGUCGGCUUUGGCAAGGACAUCAGAGAGCUCCCUCGAGCGGCCGCGCGCAUCCUGGGAAACUGCACCUUCCUCUUCAUGAGCCUCUCCUACACCGCGGAAAACGCCAUCGUCACCGCCUUCAUCACCUUCAUACCCAAGUUCAUCGAGUCUCAGUUCGGCAUCCGAGCCUCAAGCGCCAGCAUCUACACGGGCAUCGUGAUCGUCCCAAGCGCUGGCGUGGGCAUUGUGAUUGGCGGCCUCAUCAUCAAGAAACUCAAGCUGGGUGCUCGCGAAUCCGCCAAGCUGGCCAUGAUCUGCUGCGGAGUCUCUCUGCUCUGCUUCUCGACGCUCUUCAUCGCCGGCUGCGAGAGCAUCAACCUGGGAGGCAUCAAUAUCCCCUACACCACAGGGCCCUCCCUGAAGGUGACGCGGCGGAACCUGACGUGGGAGUGCAACGUGAACUGCGGCUGCCGCAUGCAGCAGUACAGCCCCGUGUGCGGCUCCGACGGCAUCACCUACUUCAACCCCUGCCUGGCCGGCUGCACGGCCGCCUCCAGGGAUUCGGCCAGCGGGAACAUCCACAACUUCACGGACUGCGCGUGCAUCCAGAGCCAGAAGGUGAUCGCACAGACGGAGAGCGGCCACCGGGGACACAUCCACUUGGUGAUCAUCAAGACGUUCCUGCACGAGAGCGGCCACGCGCUGCCGGGAAAGUGCACCAGAGACUGCCGCACGCUGGUGCCCUUUCUGAUCUUCCUCUUCAUCGUCACGCUCAUCACGGCCUGCGCUCAGCCCUCCGCCAUCAUCGUCACGCUCAGAUCGGUGGAAGAAACAGAAAGGCCUUUGGCACUCGGCAUGCAGUUCGUGUUGCUGCGCACUCUAGCGUACAUCCCGACUCCGAUCUACUUCGGCGCCGUCAUCGACACCACGUGCAUGCUGUGGCAGCAGCACGACUGCGGCACCUACGGCUCGUGCCUCGAGUACGACGUCACCUCCUUCCGCUUCGUCUACUUCGGCCUCGUGGCGGGCAUCAAGUUCAUGGGCUUCAUCUUCAUCUUCCUCACGUGGUACUCCAUCAAGCGGCGCGAGGAGCGCGCCUCGCUGGCCGCCGGCGACAAGCCGAGCGCCGCCUCCUCGGCCGACGGGAGGCCCGGUGGCCACGGUGCCGAACGCAGCGCGCGCAUUCACGGCUGCAUGCGAACUCGCUCCUGCCCUUCGUUCGUGACGGGCAACCUCGCCAUCGCCGCGACCGCCGCCACCGCCGCGGCCGCCGCGUCCGCGGCGGCGGCGGCCGAUCCGAGGGGUGCGCCCGCCGGCAGCCCGGCGCUGGUCCAUCACCGGGACUACAGCGACGGGGCGGCGUCCAUCAGCCUGUGCAGCGCCGUGGCGCCGGCCGACUCCAACGACAACGUCGUGUUCGGCAGCACUCGGGUGUAGGGGUUCGUCGCGCGUCCGGUGCCUUCGGCGUGCGCGCUUGCGUGCGCACUUGCGUGCGUGUACGCAAGCACGUGAGCGUGCGUGGGUACACGCUCAUGUGUGUGCUUGCGUGCACGCUUACGUGCGCGCGUGCGUACUUACGUGCGUGCGUGUGCGUGCGUGUGUGUGCACGCGUGCGUGCUUACAUGCGUACGUGCGUGUGCGCGCGUGCGUGCUUACAUGCGUGCAUCACAUCGUUGCACCGAGUUUAAGGGGACAGCAUCGCAAUGUGGCGAUGGUGUCUCCACCCAGAGGAAGCCCUAGAGAGGCCCCUGAUGGUGGGCUAUUUGGCCUACUCUUCCACGUUGGCUCUACACGUCUUGGCAAAGAUGGGAGUUAGUGCUGGAUGUUGACACCUUACAGACAUAUAUUGUACGUAUGGCGAUUGGAACUGUGAAGGGAUUAUAAACGUGUGCGUCUUGCAAUAUAGAGAUAAAUAAAUAUGAACGUGCCACGUUUGUGCAGUAUCUCGUUUUAAACCGUAAAAACGUCACGUGCUAAAAAAAAGACAUGAAAUACCUCGGCUAAUAAAUUCGAAAAAAAGUUACUUAAAUUCAACUUCGCAACAUUUGGAAUGUAUAGCCAUAUUUACAGAUAUGUGUGCAAACGGUCAUGAAUAGAGUAGGGGCCAAACUCGUGAUGACUUUAGAUGAAAGUGUGUUGACGUCUCCUUUACCUGCAAAAAGGAAAGGAUGGAAUUAUCAGCGAUGCUGCAUGUCAGCUGCUUAAUAAAUAUGCGGAUCUGGUCCCAUGUAUAGAAAGUGUACAUUAGAUGCAAUGCAGCGGCGUACAAUAACCUGAUAAAAACAUCGCAAACAUUGCACUCACUCGGACAUCUAUGCCGGUCACUCGGUGCUGUAUGGCAAGGCAUGCCAUCACAAUAGCCUGCGCUCAGAAGUAAAAUGUUAACCAAACCAUGUAAAUUAUACACUCACUUUAACGGAGCAUCAUUCCAUCCGCACGUACAUAAUCGUCACUGGUUACACUGAAUAAUGUCAGUGAAGCAAGAUGAUUUAUUUUGGAACGUUGCAAUCUGCUCACAAUUCUACUGUACUAAGACAUCAUUAAGAGCACACGAAUAAAUACGGAAAGACAUAUGCAUAAGGAAAACGUAUAUACAAUAACCUGGAUAUGUAACUCAAUGACACUUUAGUUUACGUGUGAAACACGUGUGCUGAUGGCUUACACUCUCAUGCUAAGACUAGUUAUAACCUUAUAUGUGUAAUGGAACUAUAACACUAUGCCUACAACACACUGAUACGAAAUAUUUAAUAAAUUGUACAGCUACAUUCUUAACCUAACGCAAGUUUCACAGCCGCUUGCGUUCAGCAUUUGCACCUCCGAUUAGCACGCUUUGGCUACUACGCGCAGUGCGAAAGAAUUUCUACGUACGUUAAUUUAUCCUCGUGAAAUUUCACCAUGCACAGCAAAUCUUACUCGUGUUUAUACUCACACACUCCUUUCCUUGCAUUCUUCUGACUUAUCAGAUGAAACACAUUCCUCCUGCGGAGGGAGCUGGUAGGAACGUUGGGUUGCUCGGUCAAUGGCCAGGGUCAACGGCGGCGUGGUGUAUUCCGCAAAUAUGCCCGACUGUGAGGCAGAGGUCGCAAACGGGUUUUGAUUCCUUACCCGUACCCGGCCGCACCAGGGUCGCAAAUGGGUACCCGUAUCCGGCUGGGUACGAGUACCCGUUCCCUACCCGUACCCUAACCGAAAUGAGUGACAAACGGUUACUCACCAGUGACUCACGGCCUACCCGUACCCGGCCGCACCAGGGUCGCAAACGGGUACCCGUACCCGGUCGGGUACGGGUAGCCUGGUAUCGGGUAGGGUAACGGGUAUCGGGUACCCAGUUGCGACCUCUGCUGUGAGGGCAGGCACAAGCCGGCGUGAGGAGGUUAAACGUUGAGUUUUAUAAGGGCACCACGGGGUGACCAGCCCCUCCCCACCCAGCCCCAC